AUGGCGACACCUGAGAAGAACUUCCUUGGUUUCCUGCCUCCGGCGGAGGAGUUUGGUGAUGCGGCGCUCAGGGCUGACCUUGAGGACAUCGUUAAGACCGGUCACUUGGAUCACAUUAAGCAAGCCCUGUCAGUCUAUCGCCGUAAACGCACCAAGGCUCACAAUGCUGUGAAGGAGACCAGACGUCUUGUGGCCAACGAGCCUCUCGAGGGGACUGACUCAGCUCCCAGUUCUGCCGAGAGGGCCGAGAGAGAGCAGACUCUGGCGAACCAGUCUCAGUUAUGGUCCGACUUCAACAAAGUCUGUCGUUCGCUUGAGAAGGUCGAGGAAGCUAUUGAGUUCGCCGCGGUCUUUCACAAAGUGGUCGAAGAGGGGUUCACGGAUGACGAGGGAGCCGGUUGGGUCACUCCGAGUUCUAGCCCUUCUCAUUCACCAGUCGUCUCGUCGGCGAGGAAGUAUGGACGUGCUGAUCCACCUGUGAAGGCAGAAUCCUCAUAUGAUAAUAUGAAGGCUUUCCUUCAGAAAAUGCAGGCUAAGCAGUCUUCGUCGAGCUCGAGCUCGAGCUCUCAGGUUCGCGGUCCAGGUAAUGGUACAGCUGCCGCCGUCGAGCGGCGCGAAGAGCAGGAGCAAAACAGAUCUACUGCACCUCAAGAGGCCAAUGCUACUCCCUCUAUUGGUGUUAAUGUACAGGGAUCCCCUGAGGUUGAUCUAUCAGACGGUGCUGAGCCUCAUCCCAAACAGCAGAAGUCUUUCCGUUCUGUUCAUGCGGAAUGGGUAGAGGAAACGCCCGAAGGUUACUAUUGUAAGGUUUGCAGACCAGCAUAUUUGAGAGGGGAUCUCCUCUUGAAAGAUGCGGCUGAGAAAUACUUCGUGGGCAAGCUUGUGGGUAAUCGACAACAACCAGGGAGGAAAGCCAAAGCUCACGCUGUUGACGCCGCUCACGUGUCUUUGGUGACGCGGGCCGGAGUUGACUCGGGUUCUGCGAGGCAGAGGGGGGCGUUAUCUGCGCUUUAUGAUGCGAGCGCGAGGUCUAAAAUGUUACAGCUAAAAACUGAGAAGGCUGGGCUUCUUUCAUAUAUUGAGGGGCUCUAUUUCCUGACCAAAGAGGAAAUUCCUCAUACAACGAAGUUCGGUUCGCUGCUGAACCUACUCUAUAGAUUCAGCCCGGAACUCAGAGCUUUUGGUGUGACUCGGCCGGGAAAUGCAACCUACCGCUCUACAACAACUGCCACGGAUAUCAUCGAUAGUAUGGCAGCAGUUCUCGAUCUCUCAACAACCAAUGGAAUAAGACAGUCUAUCAAUCAUUAUGGUGAAUUCUCGGUGAUGGCGGACGAGAGCACUGCCCAUUCGACUAGUAUUCUCAGCGUCUAUGUGCGACAUGUAGACUGCAAGACGACCGAGGUUUGUGAGUCACUCCUGCACUUGCAGGCGCUCACGGACACAAAAGCACAGACCAUAUAUGAUGCUAUCAAUAAUGCUCUACUGUCAAGAAAUCUGCCGGUUAGCUCUAUCCAUUCCGUCAGCUUCGAUGGAUGUAGCUGCAUGUCAAGCUCCCAUCAAGGAGUGUACGGUUUGAUUCUCGAAGGGUGGGCUGGCUAUAUCAAGUUCAUUCAUUGUCGAUCGCACAGGUUGCAGCUUGUUGCGAAAACUGUGGCGAGAGACACACACGUCGCCAUCCAAGAAUGCAUCGAGAAUGUCCAGUCACUCUACUCGUUAUUUUCUAAGUCGAAUAAGAAAACGUCACUCCUGAAGGAAUGUUCUGUGGAAAUGAGGGAUGUCGGUGAAAGGUAUCGCGGUCUCAUCGACGUAGCUCCAACCAGGUGGCUUUCGACAUCUCAGGCAAUCUCAAGGUUGAUCUCUAUACUGCACAUUGUUCUGUCCGCUUUGACGAAGAUCGGCCAAGACCGUGACUACUCGGCUGACGAUCGCAGUCGCGUGAAGGGUCUCUUGAGCUACUUUACUCGUGAUACUAAUAUCCAGGUGCUUUUGGUUCUAGGGCGUAUACUGGGUGCUAUGGCAAAGCUAUCAGAGGCGUUUCAGAAAGUUGGUAUCACUUAUCCUAUUGCCGUUAAACGGACGGAUGAACUCAUCGAGGAGCUCUCCGAAUUGAAUACUGAAGCGUCCGUGGCCGCCCUAGUCACCAACGGACUCCGUGAACUUCACGGUAGUGUUCGUGAGCAGAUUGUAUCCCGUCGCCGCAGGGCGGCAGCCGGACCACCCGAGGCUAGCAUCUACAAUGUCGUUUCUCCUUACCUAACUGAUAUAGUAGCCGAGAUAAAGUCUCGCUUCAAGGAUGACGUCCUCUUCCUUAUGACUAUGGACAGAUUCGACUCGUCUCGUUGGACCCGAGACGUGGCUGGCUUGGUGGCUGUCAAGCUGGAAGGUCGACAGUGUACUUGGAAGGGAGCGCUUCAAGAGGAGGUCGCUUUUAUGAAAAAGGAUCUCGAAUUUGACCCUAUCGCUGAGGGAGAUAACUUUCACCGGUGCUUCCUCAUGCGUGACAGACUAGUCGCCCUAUAUCCGAACCAUGCCAGGCUGUGUUCCGUCGUACUCUGUUUACCAAGCUCAACGGCUUCUGUCGAGAGAUGUUUCAACCUUUCGACUCGCAUAGCGGAUGACCAUCGGAGCAUGACCAACCGUGGCUUUUCCGGGAGGGCCGUCAAUGCGCAGACGGUGACUAAAGUGGACUUGCCCAAGCUCAAGGAUAGAUUUUCACUGGCUCACCAUCUGCGAGUAUGUGAGAAUAUGUUGAUCGAGGCGGAGGUGGGCGAGAUGUCAGGAAGCGAUUUCGUGCCUCUCCCCCGACUACGGUAUAAUGUGGUUACCAAGAUUCUGGGCACCCUGGAGUCGCAUAAGAGAAUAUUUGAGCUCGGUACGGAUCGGGCUGAACAGACCGAUCAUGACUGGAAAGCUGUGAAGAAGGCCUUGCUGGGCACUCACGCUAAGCGUGAGAGUUUGGUAGCAGAAUUCCGUUCGAGCCUCUUGCGAAUGAAGUAUUCUACCGUCGAUGAAUUCAGCGCCGAUGCAAGAAAGUUACACUCCAUGGCGGGGAGACUGUUCGGCCUUGAGAAUACUUACGAGAUCCGCGGCCUGGUGGAAACCUUGGUGGGGAAGCUCCCCACUGAGAGGGCUUCUGCAUUGAUCUCCGAGAUUCAUCGCAUAGCUAAGCUGGGAGCUUACUCUCCCGACUGGCCUCUGUCCCUUGAGUUUGACGACUCCGACAACUCCGUGCUAGGAAUUCUCAACAGACUAGAGAGGCAGGAGGGGGCGGUGCGCAGUUUGAAGACUGUGUCUCGCCACGACACGGCGAGAAUGGCUGAGGUCGAGGAGGAAUAUGAGGGGAUGGUAGCGAUGGAGUCUGAGAGGAAGUCUCCCAACCUUUCCUCAAAGCCCACUAAACUCGGAGCUCAUCCGCCGAAUUCGGCUCGCACCUGGUGUGCGCAGUUUCCCGAGGAUUCCCUUAUUAAGGUGUAUGAAUGCUGGGGUGAUAUGCUCAAGUCCAAGGUGCCCGAGAUGGUUGGCUCAUUCGCGCUAAAGACACGGUUCCGCCGUAAUCCGAUUUUCCGGAUUGUUGCUCUGAAGACGGUCGCUGACCGGUCGGAGAUUAUAGGUCGUCUCAAGAAAGAGGGGGUCCGAGCUGAGGCAUUUACCCCUUUUCAAUAA